UGGUAGCGUCGCGGCGCACUCAUUCGGCAGUGCGUCUGCCGGCGUCGCGAGACGAACACGUCAUGCUUUGGAUCCUUCGGAGGACGCGAGUCGGUCUGACGUCCGCUGCUUCUAUCUUGAACAACAUCAACAACAACGAAAAUCGGCCAGGGCGCAAGGGGUACGACAAGCUGUCCGCCCACGACGACGUCACUAAGAACUCGUCGAAGACUAACGAGAAUGAGGACAACAACAACGGAGCGUGCAAAGACAACUGCAAGGCGACCAAUGGCAACACGUCCGCUGCCUUGACGGACUCGGAUAACGAAUCCACGUUCACCGAUGUAGAGUACGACGAUAACGAUGGGUUUUCAGACGAUUCAGAUUACGAGGAGGCACUAACAUGUAACGUCUGCGACAGAACAUUUUCAUGCCCCAAGCAACUGUCUGCGCACAAGCAAAAGAAGAGGCAUUUCGGGUGUUCGGCUUGUGACAGUCUAUUCCCGUCACUGAUGGCGCUGGAACAUCACAAAGAGGAGUUCGAACACUGGUCAGAAGAAGACGACAUCUGCACAGAUUCCGAUGAAGACGACGACACUGUCAUCAGUGAGGAAUGCGAGCGCCUCCUCUAAUUCCAUGCAGAGAAUUGCCCCACGCAUAAUCGCAAAUGUGACAUUCCAUUAGAAGAAUUUGCUAUAUAUUUUUAGACCUCCAACCAAGUUAUAGACGCUACGUUUGAUAUGCCGACAUAUCACGAGCACAACUAAGGAUCCCUAUUCGAGUCUGUGCAUUAUUUUGUUUAUAAUCUACAACCAUGUAAAUAUAAAUAAAUAAUGUUAUAUCGGCUUAUUUAUUGUGACCUAAUGCGUAAGGAACUAGCGUUAAACAAGUAUAGGUUGUAACCCCACAGACAUAGCAUUAAAAUAUAUUUUUUAUUACCUCUUAUUAAUGAGAUUACGAUUACCUAAUAUACGGAAUAUUUUAUGUUGUUUUCUGAAUAUACAUA